AUAUCGACGAAGGUGCGAGCAAACAAAAUCCUUGCAAAUUCAUUCUGCAUGACUCCGAGUGCGUGAACACUCCAGGCAGCUUCGAGUGCAGAUGCAACCCAUACAGGAAGGUGCAAGGCAGUGCAUGCGUAGAUAUAAACGAGUGUCUUGACAACCGAGGCGGGUGUCUGGACUACAGUGAUUGCAUCAACAACGAUGGAGCUCCCCCGACUUGCAGAUGUUGGAAGGGGUACGGCGGCAACGAUGGCAAACCAGGGAGGGCGUGUCAAGAUAUCAAUGAAUGCGACGACCCCGACAGUUGCAGCAGCGACUCUGUAUGCGUUAAUACACCGGGCUCAUUCCGUUGUGACUGCAAGCCAGGGUUCGCUAAGAAUGAAGGGGGCAAAUGCGAAAGAAUAAGUUUCUGUGUCGCACACGGUAACGACUGUGACCCGGUUUUUGCGGACUGCAGAGAAGUACCAGGUACUUUCGGAUACACCUGCAAGGAAGGAUUCGAAGGCAACGGGAGGAAGGGAAACUGCAAGCCCCUUCCUGGCAAUGAGAGCAGAGCGUGCGAGCUGCUGGGGCUUCAAUGCGGAUCGUACGAGCACUGUGGUAUUGACGAAGUCAACGGUGGCACGUACACCUGUGAAGUGCUUUCUCGAGCUAAACAAAUUCGUGUGCUGGUGAAGGAAGGUUUUACCUCGGAGACGCCACUCUGGAUCUGGGGCUGCGUGGCUGCAGGGUGCUUAGUCUUUCUGAUUGCACUCGUGUUUGCGACAUGGGCUUUUUGGAAGCGGAAAGAACGUCCUAACAGGGAUGAUUCGGUAGCACUCUUAUAUGAGGCAGAUUGCGAGAAACAGGGUGUAGUAGCGCCUUCGCGCUACGUGGUAUGCGAUCAGCUUCAUGAAACCACCAGAGUUCUGCGGAGACUUCACGUACUUUUGGGAGAGGUGGACGUGUUUGACCGUGGUCGGGGUUGA